AUGAGCUCGAAGUUUUUGUGCCCUGUGGCUCGAGGAAUGAAGGAAUUGGACAAAUCUGUCUUCGAAAAAGAAGUUGAUCUUCUUGUUGCCAAGUUUUCAAACCCACGUUACGUCGGUGAGUUCACAAAAGUAUGCAAAAACCAGCUCUUGAACGUGCCAAAUGUGAAGCACAUUGUGAAGAUUGAGAACACCAAGGGAGUUCUUCUCCGAGACGAUAUCGAUGAUAUUGAUACUUAUAAGCUGAGCUUACCGUCUGAGGCUCUAGAGUUGAUGGAAGCUCACGGCAUCGAAGUCAGACCUUACAAAAUGAAACUAGACUACGAUUUCUGGAAAGCUGAUGAUAUUUUGCAGGCAAUCUUGCCAACAGAGUUGUUGAGCGAGAGUCCCAGUGGUUUUGCUCAAGCCGGUCACAUUGCUCACAUGAAUCUUAGGAACGAAUUCAAACCCUACGGUGCUUUGAUAGGGCAGGUCAUUUUGGAUAAGAAUCCAACUAUCAAGACAGUUGUUGAUAAGCUUGACACGAUUAGUAACAAGUUCAGAGUCUUCGAUAUGAAACUUUUAGCCGGUAAGAACAAUUUUUUGGUUGAGCAGCAUGAAAGUGGAUGUAAGUUCAGAUUCGACUUUAGCACAACAUUUUGGAAUUCACGUCUCAACACUGAGCAUGAGAGGCUCAUCUCAAUUUUCAACCCUGGAGAUGUUGUUGCGGAUGUAUUUGCAGGAGUCGGACCCUUUGCUGUUCCCGCAGCGAAGAAAGGUGUUUUAGUUUUGGCGAACGACUUGAACCCAGAAUCAUAUAAAUAUCUUAGCGAGAAUGCUUCAAUCAAUCACGCACUGCACUUUUUAAAGGGCUACAACUUGGAUGGUCGUGAGUUUAUAAGGCUGUCACCAAGACUCCUUUUCGAUUGGAAUAACCGUGAAGGUUUUGUUGAAAAGCGCAAAGUAAGCAAGAGAAGACGAACAGACGGCACAUCUACUGAUGGAGUCCUAUCCGUUAAAAUUCCAACAUUUAUCUCCCAAUACGUUAUGAAUCUACCUGGCUCAUCUAUUGACUUCCUCGAUGAAUUCAUAGGGCUUUACAGCCAUGAUCCUGACGUUGAACAGUGUGUGAAGAAUGCAGAAGAUUUCACACUUCCGACAAUUAAUGUUCACUGCUUCGAGAAAUAUGCGCAUGAUUCUCCAGAACCGACAAUGGAAGAGCUUCACCGGAGGGUUCAUGCCCGCAUCAUAGAAAAAAUCCAGUUUCCCGCUCCAAUAGAGGACUUCACAUUUCAUUUGGUUCGCAAAGUUGCACCAACCAAACCAAUGUUUUGUGUUUCCUUUAUUCUUCCGGAGGAGGUUGCGUUCAAGAAGGUAUAA